CCCGUCGCAUGGAGCGAACUUCCUCGGAAAGACCAGCUUUUUAUCAUCACCAUGGCGCGGAUGAGCGAACCGCUUGUUCAGACUUCAUUACAGGCCUACAUGUUCUACCAGCUCAAGUGGUUCAACCCGUCUCUCCCCGACUCGACAAUCUCCAGCCAGGCGGGCGUCCUGCACGCCAGCUUCACGGCAGCCCAGUUUCUCACGGCGAUGCUCUGGGGCCGCAUCGCGGAUUCGAAGCGGUUUGGACGGAAGACGGUCUUGCUUAUCGGGUUGCUGGGAACGAGCGUGUCGUGUCUGGGUUUUGGCUUCUCGACGACGUUCUGGCAGGCGUUGCUGUUCCGGACGAUUGGGGGCGCGACAAACGGGAAUAUCGGCGUGAUGAGGACCAUGAUCAGCGAAAUCAUCCGCGAAAAGAAAUACCAGCCCCGGGCAUUCCUCCUCCUCCCCAUGACCUUCAACAUCGGCGUCAUCAUCGGCCCCAUCCUCGGCGGCAUCCUCUCGGACCCGGCCGGCAGCUACCCGUCCCUCUUCGGCAACAUUGACUUCUUCGUCAAGUUCCCCUACGCGGCGCCCAACAUCGUCAGCUUCUUCUUCCUCUUGUCGGCCGCUAUUGCAGUCUGGCUAGGUCUGGAGGAGACGCUGGACGCGCUGAGAGACGGGCCGCCUGACCUGGGCACCAGGCUGGGCAAGAGGCUGGUUGUCAAGUAUAGGAAGAGGUUUGGGACGACGCCCGAGGCAGAGGGGUAUUCGGCUGUGCCGGCGUCGGACGUGGAGUUGCGAGGGGGUGAAGGGCCGACGACGACGACGGCGAAGAAGUCGACCAAGAGAUACACGCAGAGAUUGCCGUUCCGACGUAUCUUUACUCGCAACGUCCUCGUGACGCUGGUUGCGCAGUUCUUCCUCACGUUCCACGUCGGGACGUUCAACUCGCUCUGGUUCGUCUUCCUCUCAACACCGACCUCGGACAGAGAAGUCCAUCUGCCGUUCUGGUUCACCGGCGGCGUCGGUCUGCAGCCGCGAUCGGUGGGCAUGGCCAUGGCCAUCCUGGGCUUCAUCGGCAUCAACAUGCAGCUCUUCCUCUACCCCAACAUCUCCGCCCGCCUGGGCACCAUCAGGUCAUGGCGGCUCUUCCUGCUCUUCUUCCCGGUGGCGUACUUCCUCGUGCCGUAUCUCUCCGUCGUGCCGAGCACCACACCGCCUCCUGCCGCCAAGACGGGGCCGCUGAUAUGGAUUGCCAUCUGCUGCGUGCUCUUCUUCCAGGUGACGGGGCGGACGUUUGCGCUGCCGAGCCAGGUCAUUCUCGUCAACAACUGCUCGCCGCAUCCCAGUGUGCUGGGAACGGUCCACGGGCUGGGCCAGAGCGUGAGCAGUGCUGCUCGCACGAUUGGGCCCAUGGUGGGAGGCGUUGUGUAUGGGUUUGGGCUGAACAAGGGGAUUAUCGGGCUUGUUUGGUGGGGGCUGAGCAGUGUUGCCAUUUGUGCGUGCUUGACGAGCUUGGUGGUGAAGGAGGGUGACGGGCAUGAGAUUUGGCUUGAGGGGGAUGAGGAGGAG